AUGCCGAACCCGGCACCACCUAUGAUCGGAAGGCAUCGCCAAAGGUAUGGCGAGCUUCGAAGAAAAGUUCAGGAGAUCGAUACUGACCCGGGAGCGCCUCCACGUAACUUAGCCCGGACGGACAUCAGGCGCGCAAGGGUCAGCUGCUGUCUGAAAGCGUCUGACACCAAAUGGGGCAAGCAGGCGGAUCACAAUGUUGCCAUAUUCUUUCUUGAGAUUGUCAUGUACCAACCACCCGGAUAUCUGCUGAAAGACCUCACGCUUCAAAUUAAGUUUCUUGAGCAAGACCCUGAUAGAGCUGGCAGCCGAUCACGCCGGCGAGCACGGCUCUGGCUUAUCAAUAAUCCGUCACCUACCCAUGUCACAGGCACACCACGUAAUCAACACCACACUAGAGGCUACUCGAUCGAACCUGGAGGAGGAGCUGGCGCAAUCAGCUUCUCCCUAGGUCGGUUUGGGCACGAGCGGUCGAUGGAAAGAGCACGGUCAUGGAUCUUCCGCAGCAACCGGGAUCUCGAUGAACACGACAAUUAUACUGGGGCCAGCUGGAUCUGGGAAUCGAACAAAUACAACCCCCAAGUCGACGGUCCAGGACCUCUGCAAGCAGCCCUGGUCGUGCGACACCCCUCACAGCCGUUUUUCGUGACUUGCACCGUGGAAGGGAAUCUGAGGAAGAAUUACUCGAUAUUGCGACUGUUCCGUCGUAACCACCAGGAACCGGCAGAGAUUCGAAUGAUUCUACCUGUUGUAAAUGAUCGGGAUCUCAGCCAGGAUAUCGAUACGCUGGAGGACAAGAUAACGCGGCUCAAUCUGGAGUUCGAUCGGCGUGAGUAUCGCAAAAGUCCUGAGUGGGUGUUGCGCUAA